AUGGGUUCCGUACAAGAGACCAAUGGCUCUGGCGAGCCAGUGAAGAAGCAAAUUCUGCUCAAUGCGUUUGAUAUGUCGACUGUGGGACAUCUUUCACCUGGUCAAUGGAAGAACCCCAAAGACAAGUCUGCGACAAAGAGGAAACUCGACUAUUGGAUCGAGCUCGCAAAGCUUCUGGAGCGUGGCGAUAUCAACGCGCUGUUUCUCGCCGACACUUAUGGCGGAUAUGACACGUACGAGGACAGCCUCGAUAAUUGCAUCCGACGUGCUGCGCAAUGGCCCAUGACCGACCCGACCAUCCCCAUCUCUGCAAUGGCGGCAGUGACCAAGAAUCUCGCGUUCGGCAUCACCGCCUCGACGUCCUUUGAGGCUCCGUUCCUUCUUGCGAAGCGCUUCUCGACCCUCGACCACCUUACCAAUGGACGUAUCGGCUGGAAUAUUGUGACGUCGUGGAAAAAGGCAGCAUUCAAGGCCAUCGGUCUGGACAACCCUAUCGAUCAUGAUGAGCGAUACCUGCAGGCUGAUGAAUACCUCAGAGUCCUGUACAAACUCUGGGAAGGUUCGUGGGCGAAUGACGCUCUCUCCCCUGAUCCCGAAAACGACACGUAUAUCGACCCUGACAAAGUGCGAACAAUCCACCAUCAUGGCAAAUAUUUCAAUCUAGACUCUCGACACAUCGUCGAUCCGUCGCCUCAACGGACACCAUUUCUCUUCCAGGCUGGCACUUCGCCCGCAGGAUCUGCUUUUGCGGCCACACAUGCGGAAGCAAUCUUUGUCUCGUCACAUAGUCCGCUGGUGCUCAGACCCAAGAUCGACAAGAUCCGCCAACUAGCCCAAGAGAAAGGGCGUGAUCCACAAUCGAUCAAGUUCUUUGGGACCUUCACGCCAAUUAUCGGGCGAACCGAAGAAGAGGCCCAGGAGAAGCUCGCAGAGGCGAAGAAGUAUGCCUCUACAAUCGGAGGGCUUGUGCUGUUCUCCGGAUGGACUGGGAUCGACAUCUCCAAAAUCCCUAUCGACCAGGACAUCACUGCCGCGGACUCGACAGAGGCUCACAAAGUGAGAAGCAUGCUGGAUGCCUUCACGACAACAAGCCCUGACGUGCCGAGGUGGACGCCGAGGGUCGUGGCCGAAAAGGCUGCAAUUGGUGGUCUGGGGCCCGUAGGUGUUGGCACUCCCCAGAAGGUCGCAGAUGAGAUGGAGAGAUGGAUCAGAGAAGCGGACCUCGACGGAUUCAACCUCGCCUAUGUGACAACGCCGGGGACUUUCGAGGAUGUGGUUGACCUGUUGAUUCCCGAACUGCGACGGCGUGGCUUAUAUCCAGAGCCCAGGUCUGCCGAGGCCGAGCCCUUGACAGCUCGCGAGAAGGUAUAUGGAGAAGGUCAAAAGGGGCUCAGAAACGAUCACGAGGGAGCGAAAUACCGAUACGACGUGUACAAGGAGGAAACAUCCCUUGCCGAAGACAAGAAAGAAGGGGGAGAGAAUGGUGCCUCGACAUUGCCGCUGAGAUAG